AUGGCAUUCGCGCAAUUAUCGCCAAACUCCAAGGGUGCUAAUCAAGCCACCGCGACGCUUGCCAGGCUGGCAUUACACUACAUUGCCCCACACUUCGCCUGCUCCACUCCACCAUCAGUGCAGUGCUCUGCUCUCCACUCACGAACUCCCCCCAUCCGCGAGCCGCCGACACUCCGUUACUGCUCUGCUCACCCCUUGCCCCCAUCCGCCAGUUACGGCCAAAGCUCGGCGGCGAUGGACCUGCGGCGGCGGCGGCUGGCCAUGGUGGCGGUGUGGGCCGCCACACUGACGGCGGUGGCGGAGGGGUUCGACAUCCUGCAGAUCCUGGGGAAGCACGACGAGUUCUCGCAGUUCUGCAAGCUGCUCAACGAGACGCACCUGGCGGGGGACAUCAACCGGGACCGGACCAUCACCGUGCUCGCCGUGGCCAACGGCGACAUGGGCCACCUCACGGGGGGACACUACUCGCUCGGCACCCUCCGCCACAUCCUCGAGCUGCACGUCGUCGCCGACUACUACGACGACAAGAAGCUCAAGCAGCUGUCGCACGCCGCCACCGCCGCAUCCACCUUGUUCCAGCGAUCCGGAUUUGCCCCCGGCAUGGCAGGGUACGUGAACAUAACGCAGCACCGCGGCGGCAAGGUGUCGUUCAUCGUGGACGACGCGGCGGACACCGUGAAGCCCGUCACGUACGUGAAGCAGAUCGAGAGCCACCGGUACGACUACUCGGUGCUCCAGGUGAGCGGCGUGCUGUCGUCCCCGGAAGCCGAGGCGCCCGUGGCCCCGCCGGCGCCCGUCAACCUCACCGACAUCCUCUCCAAGAAGUACUGCAAGAGCUUCGCGGGGCUGCUGGCGGCCGACCCCAAGGUGUUCGACACCCUGAAUGGCACCAAGGACACGGCGCUCACCAUCUUCUGCCCCCCCGUCGACACGGCGGUGGCGGCCUUCAUGCCCAAGUUCAAGAACCUGACGGCCAAGGCCAAGACGGCCAUCCUGCUGUACCACACCGUGCCGGACUACUACUCCAUGCAGUUCCUCAAGUCCAACAAGGGCAAGGUCACCACGCUCGCCACCACCAGCGUCGCCAAGAAGGACUACACCUACGAGGCCGAGAGCAAGGAGGACACAGUCACGCUCGACACCACCGUCGUCACCUCCACCAUCCAGGCCACCGUCAGGGACGACGACCCGCUCGCCGUCUAUGCUGUGUCCAAGUUCCUGCAGCCUAAGGAGCUGUUCAAGGCGAAAACGGCAGACCUCGCGCCUGCGCCCGCUCCAGAAGCAGGGCCAAAGAAGAAGAAGAAGAAGAAGCCCAGCAGCGGCUCGGCAGCCUCUGCGCCUUCGGACGAAUCUGCAGAUGGCCCGUCUGCCGACGACUCAUCUGACGAUGCCGCGGACAAGGCCGCCGCUGCGCCGUCGUCCCUGUUCGCCCGGUGGGUGACGAUCGCCGUGGCGCUGGCGCUGGCGUUGGCGGCCUAA